AUUGGAUUAGUUUGUUUACUUUUCUGUUUGAUUUGGUUUUUCACUUUAUUGUUUAUAGUUAGUUAAUUAGGAAUGAAUUUUAUUUUCGUGACAUGUUAAUUAGUUUAACUAUUGGUGAUAUGGGUUUAUCUCCAGCUGAAGAACAUGGGAUUAUUGGAUUGUUGAAGAUGAUUCCAUCGUAUGAUUUGAUAGCGUUUGUUGCAACAAUAACAAAUGGAUUAGUUAAAACUGACAAUCCAAAUGAUGCUGUCCAAGCGAUUAUUAAAUACUGUAAAGACUCACUUGAUAUUCUCAAGCGUAAAAAGAUUACUAAAGAUUUACUGUUUAGAUAUUUGAAAGAGGUAAAUGUUGAAGUUUCUCCGAGAUGUGAUAAAACUGAAUUAAUUCAUAAAUGUUUAAAUUAUUGGCAAGUUUCAUCGAUAUCCAGUGAGACAAUUGAUUGGGAAAUGUGUGAGAUGGAAAAUUCAAUUCCUGAUUAUAAUUCAUUGAAUCUCCAAUCAAAUCAGUUAACAGACGAUAAAUUACUUUCAAUGGGAACAUCAUUUUCGAAAUGGUUUUAUAAUUUACUGAAUGAUGUUAAUAAUCCAGCGGUUUUUGGUCCGCAGCAUUUUUGGUCUGAUUGUAUGGUCGCUGGAACCAUUUCAACUGCCCAAGGGGAAAACAUCCCAUUUUCAGCUAAUGGAGAUUUACCAACAAUCGAAGCAAUUAAAAAUGCAGUUAAUCAUUUCCAAUAUUCAUUUGAACCUAAUCUAUAUAAAGAUAUUAAUUGUUACAUGGAAACUCAUGGAUUGAUUAAGAUUCAAGUUAACGGUGUUAUCUACAAGAAUUGCAGUCAACCUGAUGGUGUUUUUGAAAGUGCUUUUGGUUUAAUUAAAAAUCCACAUGUUGCUGAUGAUAAUUGGAAAAUUAAAUUCAUCGAAAUGCACUGGAAAGUUAAUUGUUCACCAGUUAAUUACAAUUCAAUGGUUCCUUAUACAUGAGAGUAGAAAAACUAACUCAUUUUGACUGAGAAAAACUUUUUUCCCAAACAACUAUUUUUUGCUCUUCUUUUUUGCUUCAUAAUAUAAUUUCGCCAUCUUAAACAUUAAGUUCUCAAAUCAUUAGCAAUUAUCGAUUUGAAUUAAUGGAUAAUUGAUCAGCGGAAAGUCCAGUUCCAAAACCAGGUCCAUCGGUUUUGUACUUUGAUCAUCAGCUGAUCAACAAAUUUGCUUGAUCAAAGUGACAUAAACAUUAUCGUCAAUAUGGAAAAUGUAUUCUAAUUACUUGUCGUCAAUAAGUUAAGGCUGAAGUUCGAAGGCAACAAGUCCAAGAUGAAAACGAAGCUCGAAAAUUAUCAAAGUUAAAUGACUUUUACGAAAAUAUAUUAACCAUGAAUUCAACGAUAUUAAAAUUUUCCACCGAAAUGGUUCAGAUUCUCCAAGUUCCUAAUUUGAAUUGAAGGAAGAAAAUCAACAAUCUCAUUUCUCUCUCAGUCAAAUAACUUUAAAUCAAAUGACGACCCAAGAAAAUCAGAAAUUAAUCAUCAAUUGGAAAUUAAGUUAAUUGUAAAGAAAAAAAAUCUUCAUAUAAGAACCACAAUCGGAAUGAAGAAUCAACAACCAUAUCAACAAUACUUUCGUCAUCUUCAACAUUAUGCCAUAUAUGUAUAUUUCCAUCUAUGUAAUAACUGUAAUAAUUUAAAUUAAUCAUAAUUUUUUCCUAUCUAAUAAAUGAUCAAAUUAAAUUUCA